AGGGAAAGCAAACAGACCCAUUUAGUCCCGUCUUAUCUCCCAAGGCGAACCAAUUCAUAUUUUCAGUCUCGCGAUGGAACUUGGAGAGUAAGCAACAAUAGAGCAGGCAAAAACACACACUAUUGCAGGAAAAAGGACAAAAAAAAGGACAUAUUGGGACUAAAGAUAAGCAUUCACUCUCCCUUUCCCGCUCAGAGUUUUGCCGCCCCGCUCGCACUUGCAGCUGAAGUAUAAAAGCAAACGAAACGAGGUCUUGGCAGUUCAUUCUUCCUCCAACAAUCGUCGGGGUGACUUCACCGUGUUCCAUUGUGCACCGAUCCUUAGCGUUAUAUUUAUGCAAAUAGUGUAUAUGGAUAGCAUUGUGAGUCUUUGAGUUUUGAGAUCCAAUACGACAGCACCACGCAGUGGUUCUCACGAAACCCCAGAGCUUUACUUCACCCGGAAACGGAUAGUGACAGUGACGUGGAGAUUACCGUAGCUAAGUCGAUGGAUAACCCUCCGGCAGCAUUUAUGCUAGAUCCGCGUAGGAUGUACACGCAGAUACCCUCGGCGCUGGCCACACCACCGCAGUCACCUUUGGACGAUAGCUGGUCACCCAAUCAGGCUGCUGACAUGCCUCUGGUCUCAGAUCUUCUGGCCCGCAAUGGACAGCUUAAUGUUCCACCGGGAUUUGUGCUCUGCAUUCCAUGCUAUCUGUGCCAGCAGCCCUUCAACGACAUUGAAACCUUCAAGGAGCACCUCACCCAGCAUGCGGCGGAGAUUCACGCUUGGAACACGGCGCAGGAGCAGGCAUCACAGACGCCCAAUCAGCCCAUGUAUCAGCCGUUUCGUCCAUGGCACAUGCAGUUGCCUCAGCAGCCGCCUCCUCCCGUGGUCUCGAUACCGGCUCCCGUUCCCGGCCCCAUUCACUCACCUAUGUCGCUUCCCAUCGCUCUUUCCGAGCGAAUGAUGAUGGAUCAGCCAUCAAUGCAGUUUCCCAUGCAACUGCAAGAACAAAUGCCGGUACAGUCGCCACUAGAGUUCCCAGGACAUUGCUCUGUGCAUCAGCCUCAGCCCAUGGAUUCUCCUAUUCAUCAGCGUCUGCACAGGUCAGUUCCACUGACACCCCAAUCCCCGAUAGAAAUGAUGGAACAUCAGUUUGGCUACCGGAAGGUUCAGCCGAUUCCUCAGCAACACCAGCCACCCAUGGAGCUUCACCAUAAGCUCAAUUUCAUGGUGCAGCAGUCGGUUCCUCCUCCAGUUGAGCCCAAUUUCAUGGUGCAUCAACCACCUCCAGUUGAGCUGCAACGAAUAGUUCUGAAGAAACCGAAAGAACCCAUUGAACGACAUCAGCCAAAGGAGCAGCCACCUCAACUGCCAGAAGACAAUCUGAAGGAUCAGUUCUCCAUUGAAAAGCAUCUGCACAUUCCCCCUCAAUGGAGCCAACGAAUAGUCCUGGAAAAGCCCCAACAGCCCAUUCAAUCACCGAUUGAGGCCGAAGAAAACAAUUUGCCAGCGGAAAGGUGUCCAUCUCCAUCCCCAGAGGAGCAACCGUUAGCCAACCAAAGGUUACUAUCAGAUCCACCGGAGAAGGACCAAAGCAAAGAUCCUUAUAUGCGACUGUCGACUGGUCGUUUCCAGUGCAAUUGGUGCGGCAAGGGGCUGAGUUCCCGGCAGUCGGUGAGAUAUCAUCAGAGUAGAUUCCACUUCAUGGAAAAUCCACCCACCUACACGGUCAGCAAAAAGGUGCAAAAGCACUUCAAGUGCACCACCUGCAAGAAGCGGUACAAGCGUCGCACCUUUCUGCUGAUGCACAUGAAGAUCAAGCACGGGAUCUGUGAAAGUGAAACUGCUGAGGUAGUGACCUUACCACCACCCGCCACAGUUGAAUCACCCGUGAUGGAGGGUUCACUAUCGCCGGAACGACCUUUGUCGGCAGCAUCCUCCGAGGGAACGAGACGGGAAGUGUGGAGCACAAAAGUCUUCAAUGCGGUCGCUGCAGCCAACUACAGUCCGGCCACAGAGCCGGCGGCCAAGUAUGUGAAUCCGCCACGUCAGCAGUCCGAGCUGCCGGAGUCCGGGUUCGCGGCAAAGCCCAAGCGAGUGUACCCGAUGCGCUCGCCGUUCUUCAAUCCCGAUCUCUGGCUGGACUGCGAUGCCUACUUCUAGGGAGCUACAAGCCCAUCUGGGAAUAUCUAAUAUUCAGGAUGAAAUCAUCGUCGUCUUCCAGCGGAUGUCAGCCAAGCUGUCCGCUUCUCAGAAGGUGUCACAGCUAAAUGGAGCUUCCAAGACUCAAAGAUGGUUAUAAUUGCAUGAAUACACAAAAAUACAGCUUCGUAAGGGAAAUGUUUAGAUGCCUCAGCACUUUGGAUAUCGAAUUCGAGCCCAGCGAUGGCUUUAAUAAACGAUUUUCGCUGAGAUCAGCUAAGAAAUUUGAGCUGUUUUAGCUUGACUUCGUGUGUAUUCAGUACUAUAUGAAUAUAUUAGUUUUUAAGAAUCGUAGUGAGUGGGAAUAAAGAUAUAUGUACAUAUAUGUAUAUAUAAGCUAAAAGUCGUUGUUACUACGUACUUCCAUGAGUUACGAGUUUAGGGUACUUCACAUCGGUAAUCCCGGUUUACAUACAUAUGUAUGUAUGUAUAUCCCUUGAAAUAUUAAGUGAACCCCCGCAGAGUGAGAAAAGUCCCUGU